ACCAUAUCUUUUGUUACAUUUCAUUUCCCCAAUAUGUAAUUUAUUCAUUUGUAUACUCACUGCUACGAACAGUCUAUUAACACUACGAGAGUUUAGGAACUCCACGAUCUUCUCUUAUUUUAUUCCAAUUUCUGUCCCCUUUUUUUAAAAAAAUUAUGUCUUUCAUGGUGUAAUUGAGUAAUUUGUAAUCAAUCUAGUCUUUUAGUGAAUGUGGAACAAAGAUUGAUUUUGGAAUUGGGUCAUUUUUCAUUUAGGGUUUAUGUGAUUUUUUAUUCUUUAAUAUCAGAUAUGUAUUUGCUUAGCGUUCACAAUUUAAGGGUUUUUCAGUUCUCAUGCAUGAACUUUGCGUCAUUGGAACUGAUUCAUUGAUUCUCUGGAGUCUUUCCCUUUGGAUUUUAUAUAUUAUCAACUAAUGGAUAACUUUGAUCAGAAGCUUGGUCCAGAAUUUUUCAAGAAUCUCUCAGCGGAAGCUGUUACGCCAUUAAAUGUGGUUCAUGAAGAGAUAUAUGAAAGUUCUUCGAAGCGACCGAAAACAACAUCCAAAGUCUGGGAUAUUUUCGAGAAACUUCCUGCGCAACAAGGAGAUUCAAAGGCGAUAUGUAAGUUAUGCAGGAGAAUAUAUACUGCUAAAACUACUAGUGGUACUUCUCACUUGAGACGUCAUAUUGAGGCUUGCGUUAAACGUGGUAAUCAUGAAGUAGAUCAGCGCUCAAUAGAAGCAUGCUUUAAACCUGUUAAACGGAAUGCCAAUCGUCUCACUCUUUCGCAUGACACCUUGAUUUCUGCUACUACAUCCUUAAAGAACUAUAAACUAGAUGUCGAUGAGAUUCAUCGGGCGAUUGCAAUGAUGAUCAUUGUUGAUGAACAACCAUUCAGUGUGGUUGAAGAUGCGGGUUUUAGACGUUUACUGAGUGCUGCAUGUCCUGAAUUUCCGGUGCUGAGUAGGAGUUCUAUUAAAAGGGAUAUAAUUUCCAUAUACGUGAAGGAGAGAGAGAAUAUUCGUGAAUUGUUAGCAACAUGUCCUGGUCGGAUUUGUUUGACAUCCAGCACAUGGAAAUCCGAUUCCGAUGAUCACUUCAAUUGUGUCACCACUCAUUUCAUUGACCAUGAAUGGAGGUUGCAGAAGAGGAUUUUAAGGUUCAAGCUUAUGCCUCCUCCAUAUGAUAGUUUGUCUGUUGCUGAUGAGAUAGCUUUGUGUAUGGUUCAAUGGAACAUCGAGCACAAGGUUUUCAGUGUUACGCUGGAGAAUUUGUCGAGCGAUGAUUGUGUGGCUGACAUGCUGAGAUCACGACUUGCUGCGAAAAAGUAUCUCCCUUGUAAGGGUGUGUUUUUUCAUGUCAGUUGUUUCUUUCGCAUUUUGAAUUCGAUUGUGCAAGCUGGUUUGAACCUAGUUGUUGAUAUCAUUGCAAAGUUGAGACUCGGUAUUAAGUAUGUGCAGCAAUCUCCCCAUAGGAAGAAGAAUUUUUACAUAGUUGCUAAGACUUUGAACUUGGAUACUCAAAGAAAGUUGUGUCUCGAUACCCCUGCCAGAUGGAAUUCCACAUAUGACAUGAUAGAAGUUGCUUUUUGUUAUAAGAAUGCAUUCGUGUACUUGGCGGAACAAGACAAAAACUUUCUACACAAAUUAUCAGAAGAUGAGUGGGAAAAGAUGAGUGUCUUAUAUAAAUUUCUAAAAGUCUUUUAUGAGGUGACGUGUGUAUUUUUUAGAAACAGGCAGCCGACUUCAAAUUUGUAUUUCAAAGCAGCAUGGAAAGUUCAUAGUCGCUUAUUUGAUAUGGUUAGAGGUCCAGAAAAUUUCAUGACUCGCAUGGUCAGAGAAAUGCACUCGAAAUUGAACCACUACUGGUCAGCUUAUAAUUUGAUCUUGUCAUGUGCUGCGAUUUUGGAUCCUAGAUACAAGAUUAAGUUUGUUGAAUAUUGUUACACCAAACUGUAUGGUAGUGGUGCUCAGAAAUAUGUUAGCGUAAGCGUUAACACUUUGUAUGGCUUGUUUGAUGAAUACAUGCAAACUUCAGCACGCCCUUCUCAGACUACCUUAUUAUCAACUGCUGCCAGUAAAAUAUCCAAUGAUAAAGACGAAAACGAUGGGUUUGAAGAUUAUGAAACCUUUCAAAGUGCCAGGUUCCGAACUCAAGUGGAGAAGUCUCAACUUGAUCUUUAUUUAGAAGAACCAAGCCAUGAUCUAAACAGUGAAAUAGAUGUCUUGGAGUAUUGGACUUUAUGCUCCUUGAGGUAUCCAGAGCUUUCAAAAAUGGCCCGUGAUGUUUUAACCAUUCCAGUGUCCACCAUUGCUUCUGACAGUGCAUUUGACAUUACUCCUCAAGUGAUUAGCGCUGAUCGUAGCUCUUUAAAACCAAAGAUGUUACAAGCAUUGGUUUCUCUUCAAGAUUGGAUGUUGGCUUCUGAUAGAACAAGAGGUUUAGGCUCUAUGGAAAGCAAACCUGAAGAUGAUAGCUCCAGUUCUAGUGAUGGUGAUGAUGAUUAUUAGCUUAUCUGAAGUGUUGCAGAAGAGCCAUCUUGCUUCUAGGAAAUUCUGACAACUGAUUAACAAUGAGGUUCGAUUGACAUGGAUACGACGCGGAGUUAUAAACAAAUGAUGAAUCAUCUCCAGCAUAAUGUUCAAAGAAAAUGGAGCAAUGGACUCAUAAAAAGGGACCCCAAAACUCCAAAAAUCAAAUGAUAAUAUAUGGCAUUAACUGCCCCAAGAUCGUGCACAUAAUGCGGCUCUCUGAAAGGCCUGAUUUCGGAGCUGAUGAUAAACACUUGUGGAAAAGAUCACAGCAAUUUGUUUAUUUGUUUCUCAAAGAGCUUAGCACAAGCAUUGGACAAACUGGUAAUGGUGUUAAUCUUUCCAUGCUAAUAUUUGUGCUUUCAUCUUCUUCAAAUUAGGAGCUUGUUGAAGGAAACGAAAAGCUUUUGCUUGAACUUGAUGCUGGUGAUUAGGCUUUUUUGAGGGGUAAGUUCUUAAAGAAUUGCAGCAUUUAAUUUAUGCUAUAAUUUGUGUUUGGUAAAUAAAAAUAUCUACUAUUUGCAUCAUUCAUCUCUACUGUGGGAAGAUUUUAAAAGCAAUUUUAGAAUGAAAAAAUCAAUUGAUUAAUGAAUUUUUAUUGUUGUAGUUAAAGGGCAGCCCUCAUUGGCUUUAGGUUGUGUUUUGAUUAUAACAGGAUCACUGGUUUUUCUCUUUUUAAGAAGAAAAAAACUUCACAAGCAAUAUUGUGUUUGCAAAAAAAAAAAAAAAAACCAGAAAAGGUCACAUGGCUACGUGCAUAUGUCUUAGAUUUGCUUGUGGAGUAUUUUUAUUUCACCUACAAUGUAUAGAAUAAUUAUCCUAGUCUUCUAUAUUAUAUUCAAGAUUUUAGUUGUGUUGGUGUUCUUCAUCAAUUGCAUCUCAACUCAGUGGUAAAGUUAUAACUUCAUCAAUUGCAUCUCAACUCAGUGGUAAAGUUAUAAAAGAAUCUCUUAUUUAUCUUAAAAUAAAGCCUUCUAAGCCAAGUAAAAUCGACAACUUAAUCACCAAGUAAAUGACUCAAAAAAUAAAGAUAAAACUUUAUGGGAUAAGGUAAGUUGAUCACCAAUCUUUUCUUUAGCCAAUCUCGAUCAACAUCAUUAAUGUAGGGAUAAAACAUAUUCUAAGGGUCAUUUGUUUGGAGGUCAAAGCUAUCUUGAAGACAUGUCCGGAUUAUUGUCUAAAGAUCGCGAGAAUAAACAAGCAGAUCAAAGAGCUGCUGGAACAUGGAUUGAAACGUCAACACCAAGACAUUUAAAGUCUCAACAAUCUUCUGCUUUCACUCUUUGACAAAUCAUAAACAAAUGAUGAAAGGUAAACUCCUCUUACCACCAUGCCAGAAACAUACGAGAUACCAAAAUAAAAUGGCAUAAGUAACUCAUAAAAAGGAUGUUCAAUACAUCUGAAAAAUGAUGACCAAAUGUUGGAACUUGUUAUCAACUGUCCACAUGAUUUUUAUCAGGAAUUGGAUGAUUUUGUAGUGUUUUUAUAUGGGUAUUGGUUGUGUUUACUUAUGAGUGAUUAUAUGAAUAUAUAGUUUUUCGAGUAAAA